ACUGCACAGCGCGUGAUAGAUAGCCGCAACAGGAAAAGCACAACACACUUACUACUACAAUAGCUAGUACUUCGAAUUCAUCAAACGACAUAAAAAACAGGACCUUGGAAGACAACACAACCUGCAAUGAGUAGAAAAAGGAGUAGUAAUGCAAACCCAAGGUCAUCUAUCACUAACUACUUGACUGAAGAGGAGGCGUUGCAGCUGAUGCAGUCAUGGGACGAUAUUGACGAGUCUGAAGGCAAAUCUACUGGUGGCAUUCGUCAAGGCGAGGGGCUGUUCGGCAUGCUAGACAAAAGUGAGAAUCCAAACGAGACAACAGCGAAGCAACCAACCGCAGAGUCAUUCAUCGACAGGAACAUGGCGGAGAGAUCAUAUGGCGAUAAUGCGCCCUUUCGGAAGAAGGCGCAAGCGGCUGCACAAAAACCAAACAACACAAUCCAGGAUCAUUACUAUGACAAUCCAAAGCCAGUCCCAGCAGCCACCGCCAAAUCAAUCGCGAUUCUCGAGGAGAAGAAAGCCAAGAGGCCCAUUGGAAGAAAUCACGCACCCAAACCAGGGCAAGCUCAGUUUAUCAGAAACGACGAAGACGAGGAAGCCAAGGUGGUGGAGGAAUUCGAGGCCCAAAGAAAGCCACCUCCUGGUGCGGCUACAGAUGCUGCUAGAGGAAGGGAUCACAAACAGAAACCGGUUUAUAAUAAUGAAGCACCCCAACCAGGGAAGGCCCAAUAUAUCAGCAAUAGCGACCCCAAACACAACCUUUUUCACACAAGGAAACAAGCCAAACAGCGAAGACAACAGAAAGAAACCCAAUCAGCCGCUGCUUCGGCAGUUACAACAUCAGUAAACGACGACCGGUCUCAGUCUCCCAAGGUGGCAAGGGGAGUAGACCACGAUCGGUCUCAGUCUCCCAAGGCGGCAAGGGGACUUCGGAAACUAAAAACAGACCAGCAAACGCCGAGAAGACGUGAAGCUAGUCCUCGAAGGACCCAAUCCGAGUCGCCCACGCAUCCCAGGGGGCUGCGGGGCAGGAAAAAAGUGAAGGGGCCGAUGUCGUCGUCAUCACCUACACAGGAAAACACAAAUCCAGCGGAAGCCAAGCUUCGUGCCUAUGGACUCACGUCAAGCGAGGAAUCCUUGCCGGUACCAACGGCAAGGGUACCUCGAACGCAAAUCGUAGUCAACCUCGACGAGACUAGCGAUACAGCCGACUUUAAAAAAAGUGGUCGCAUUUCGAAUGCAUCAGCCCAGAGUGGAGCCGUGUCAAUGAAUUCUUUUGCAAACAUCUCCAAGUCUACAGUGCAUUCUUUAGCUCAGAAUUUUGAUGAGGAAAUUCAAGUUUCUCCUCACAAUGACGACGACCACGACAACAAGAGUAAUCGUCAAAUUCUUCGAGAUCGAGAUUUCUUGGUAAGAGCCACUCUCGUCAGGUCUACAAAUGAUCUAGGAGUGGAUCCCAACGCCGUAUAUGCAGAGCCAGUUGAAUCCGAAGAUAUUGUGAUUGAUUUCUUCAAGAGUCCCAAGGGAAUCUCCAUCAUUGUCUGUUCCAUUUUGAUUCUUGCCGGAAUCAUCACCGGGCUUGUGCUUGGUUUGGGAGGUGGCAGUGAGCCUCUAAUAGCUCCAACAGCGGCACCAUCCAUGUCUCCUACCCAAGCACCUACUGUUGACUUUGUCGAGGAGUUGCUCCCUGCCUUCACAAGGGAAGCAAUCACAAGCAACGAUGAUUCCCCUCAAGCCCAGGCAUGGAAGUGGAUCAUGAAAGAUCCAGCAUUGAACAAGAUUGAGUCGGAACGUAAAUUUGUCAGGUUUGCUUUGGCUGUGUUGUACUUUGCCACAACAGGUCCUCGAUGGGAACAAUCAACGAAUUGGCUCUCUUAUGACCAUCAUGAAUGCAAGUGGUCCACAAAUGGUGGGCUUAGUAUGUGCAGCAAUGAUCUUCUAGUGACCAAUAUAGACCUGGAAAGAAACAAUCUAAGGGGAGUCAUUCCUCCUGAGAUUUCAUUGCUGGCAGAUGUUGUCCAGUUGGAUCUCCGAGACAACUUCCUAGAGGGAUCUCUGACGUCAGAGUUUGGGACACUUGCAAAGCUUCGAACCCUUCUGUUGUCAACAAAUGGACUUGGAGGCAAGAUUCCAACUGAGUUUGGCAAUCUCUCGGCAUUACAAGAAUUGCAUCUUGCCUACAACAAACUACAAGGGACACUGCCAACAGAAUUUGGAAGUUUGAAAGGACUUCGAAGGCUCAGGCUGCAAGAAAACUCUUUUGAAGGGGGCAUCCCUAGUGAACUCGGUCUGGCUGAAGGAAUCACGAAUAUUGACUUGAGCAACACUGGCAUCAAUGGUUGGCUACCAACAGAACUUGGCAGUAUGAGAUACUUGCAAUACCUUGAUCUAAGCAGAACACAAAUCCAAGGAGAGAUUCCAAAAGAGUUUGGUCUCGUCCAAAACUUGACUGAAUUGGAUUUGAGUGAAUGCCUUGGUCUCAAUGGUACAUUGCCUACAGAGCUUGGACUAUUAAGCCAGCUGGAGUCACUUCACUUGAAUAAUCUUGGACUAUACACGGAGGACCCAUUAGGAGGAUCUAUUCCAUCAGAGCUCUUUAUGGCGACAAACCUGCGAGUGCUGGAUUUGGAGAGCAGCCCUUUCAACAGUGCCAUUCCCUCAGAGAUUGGCUCCUUGACAAAGUUGAGUAGCUUGUUUCUCAACGGCUGUCUACUAUCUUCUACUCUGCCAAGUGAAAUUGGUUUGCUUCAAGAAAUCAAGAAUCUGGAUUUAAGCGACCUGGGGAUCAAUGGUCCUCUUCCCAGUGAAUUGGGUCAGCUCCCAUUGGAGACGCUUCUUCUAUCAAACCUUUGGAAUUUGUACGGACCCCUUCCCGGAGGUCUUUUCAACAACAACAACCUCCGCGAUCUUGAAAUAUAUUCGUGCACACUCACUGGAGCCUUGCCAACUGAAAUUGGUCUUGCAACGAUGCUGACAUCUUUGGUCAUGAAUCAGCCAGGUUUUACUGACUUCUUUUCGCUGGCUGGCCUUCUUCAAUUGUGGAUGUCUUCAAAUUCAUUUACCGGGACAAUACCAAGUGAAAUCAUGAUGGCUUCCCUGGAGACUCUAGAACUGAGCUCAACAAGCUUGAGUGGCACAAUCCCUUCAGAGAUAGCUUUGCUGGGGAACUUGACUUCCAUGAACUUGGCAGGGAAUGUCAAUCUGACAGGAAGUCUGCCAGCGACAAUCCAAAACAUGAGCCAGCUAAAAGUUCUGAAUUUGCAAACUACUGGCCUAACUGCUGCUUUCACCUUCGUCCCACCUGACAGCCUCAGCUUGUUAUCGCUGUCAUACACCAAGCUGGAGAGUAGCAUUCCAUCGCAGAUUGGCCAAUGGACACAGCUGCAAGAUCUCUCCCUUCUGAACUGCUCCCUUUGGGGAUCUAUCCCAACCACCUGUAAGGCAACAUGUUUCCAUGUCUGGCCCAUUCCACCAACCUUCUAACUUUUUUAUCUACUUCGUUCUGCUGCUAGUGGGCCUCAUGACUUCAGUGACAAACUUGGUUCUUUGGGCAAAUCAGUUGACUGGGAAAAUUCCAAGCGAGCUUGGCCUUAUGUCUGCUAUUCAAAGGCUUGACUUGGACGACAACUUGUUGACAGGAACCGUUCCCAUUGAAUUGCUCAACAAAUCAAGCCUCGAAAUUUUAUAUGUGAGUGAGAACCCAUGGCUGAGUGGUGAAAUCCCUGAUGAGGUCUGUGAAGAAGAUGGAAAUCCAAGUGUUUGGGUUGACUGUGCAAAUGUUACUUGCUCGGAAUGUUGCAAUUGCUAGUAGCUAGCUGGGGGAAUGAUGUGGACUGAAUGGUUUGGUCAGUUGCAACGACCUGCUAGCUAGAGUCGAACCACUCUACCUCCGACUGGAAUAGUUCUAAUAAUCAUUAUUUCUAUCAGGGUU